ACUAUAUAUCUUAGAAUCCUUCUGAAGUUUCUUUUUUACAAAUUUAAAAGUGAAACAAAACCAUCAUGAUCAAACUAACCAUGUCGAACGUCACGUGCUUACUGCUGAUACUUUGUAUGACCAAUAUAAGACAAGUUUUCUCUCAAUGUGCCUGCCCUUCCGGGUGUCAAUGCAACGGUGCUACAGUUACAUGUAACAACAUAAAGGUUUUCCCCGAAUGCCUGCCAGCGGGAUCAACAAGACUUACAGUAUACAACUCAAAGAACCUGACUACAAUAUCCAGCAUUCCCAAGAACUUAACUUACCUAGAAGUAACAGAUACAAGUGUAUACAGCGUGUCAAAACACGCUAUCGCAGACGCUUCUAUGUUACAGACUCUGAUGUUCAGUUAUAACGAUCAGUUAAGACAACUUGAUCUAGGUGAACCGAGUGAUGGUAGCCAUCCAUUGACAACUCUAAAUCUGACGAAAUGCUCAGUGCUGAGUGAAGUCGACAAUGUCAAAGAAUAUAUCAACUUGCAAUUUAUUACUAUAUCUUCCUGUAAUCUUCAAGAAAUAGAUGAUGACAUGUUCAAAGGACUUCGAAAAGUGAAGACACUUGAUAUUUCACAUAACCACCGACUGGAUGACAUUGAUCGAGAUGCUUUUGAGGACUUGGACGCUUUGGAAAGUCUUAGCAUGAAUGAUUGCUCGUUGAGGAAGCUAUAUUCGGAAUAUUUUAAUAACGCCUAUCAUAAAAAUUUGAACUACGUCAAUACAUUGCUAAAUCCUCUUCAGUGCUAUAAGAUGUGUGAUUUCAUGCAAUGGUAUUGGGGACAUUCAAGUUUUUUGAGUUAUGCUUUUAUCGGAAGCUGCACAAUUCAAAGCUACGGAAACACGUAUGUGUACAUAGUUUCCGAUUUAAACCGAUAUGAGGCAGGAUGUCCAACAGCCUUCGGUGUUAUCAUAGGCGCAACACUUGGAGCAUUUUUCUUCAUCUGUAUUGCAGCUUGCGUGUUUGUAGUUGUUUGUGGAAUUGAUUACCGGAAAUAUUGUUGCUUUUGUUGCAAGAGCCAGAGGAAUCGAAGAAAUUCUAGCGAUAAUAGUACUGCCAAUCAGGAUCAAGAUCACACUUACGCCACGGUGUACCAGACACAAAAUGAAAAGGCACAUAUCAAUUACCCCGAAGGAGCCAUGUAUACUGCCGCGCCACCAAGUUACGAAGAUGUCACUAAAGCCGUGGAUCAAGAGCAAUCUCAGUCCAUAAAUAUACCGGAAGUGGCUUCGUCUUCUACAACUUAAAACAUGUAUGCCGAUGAAUUGAUGUAAACAAAAUCACUCAACAACGCUAUUCCAAUAUUUGUAAAAUCAACCUAAUUGCCUGUUAUGUAACUAUUUUGUGUGCGACGUUUUGUGAAUUUCACAGAAGUAAAAUUCUGUGAUGAAAUCAAAGAUGAACAAUAUUUAACCGAGAAAAUGAUGUGCUUUUCAGUGACCUUAUAGUUAUACCAAGGUAUAGAUUCAUAACAAAUGAAAAGUAGCAUCAAAAUGACAACUUUAUUUAAAUCUUUACGUUUUGUUAUGGCAUAUAUUUUUUGCAAAUGCUGAAAAUGUCAAGGCCACGGUGAAUAAUUUAGCAUCCUCUGAAACGUGGAAUUCAAAAUUCCUCAUUUUUUAAAUUGUUAACAAGCAAAAAGUAGGAAAAAAAAAUUUUGUGCGAAAUAUGUCAACAAAGUUGAAUAUAAGUAAUUUAAUCUCACUCACUCUGUCAUUUUUACCAUUUUAUUUUGAUUUUAUAUAAAUUAUUUACACUGCGAUCUUGCAUAACAAAACAUCCUGGAACAUUUUCUAUGUCAAUUCUUUGAUAUUUGUUUUGAAAUAGGUUGAAAAUAACAUAAACCUUUAGUUGGUUACUAUUUUACUGGACCUCAUAACGUUGCGUUAGCAUUAAUUCUCUUCUGGUGUAUCUUCUAACACAAUCACCGCAGUUUAGAAUCAAUUUGUUUGAAAAUAUACAGGGCAUAUCUCUUUAAUUACAAAAGUUUUUCAAGCCCCCAAUGUUUAAUAUGCAUAUGUAUACGCUGUACGCUAAAUAAGACGUGAUGAAGUUUGGUUAAUUUUAAGUAUGAACCAUUAUAAUGGAUUGUGACAAAAGUCAAAAGUUUAUAAUUUAAAUUUUUUUUUUAUUUAUCCUCAGCUUUAAUCUUGUUUUGAAUCAUACUUUGACUUGCUGCAAAAUUGUAAUGAAUCUUGUUGAUAAACCAGAUCUUUCGAGGAAAAUUUUUAUCAGGCUGACUCCAAAUUUUCAGUUUUACAGAAAUUGCCUCUCGCUCACAUUCCUGGUUGACAAAAUCCGAAGGCCGACCCCACGUUAAAAAUAUUUUCGAUCCCAGUUCCAGAGAAAACCAAAUUUUUAAACCAAACUCCUUCUCCAACGUCCAUAGAGAAUGCUUAUUCAACGUUCUGUUUUUUAGUUUCUGUUUGAAAAUUUUGGUUUUAAUUACACCACUAGUGCUGGAAUUCCUUUUAACCCACGA